AUCGCCGCAUGCGGAGAUCGGAGAGAGCAGAGGUUUAUUUCCUCUUCUGUUACGGGUGUUGUUCGUCUGUUCAGAGAAUAUUCCCAUCAGGAUCAAGUGAAGAGUUUACUGAAGGACAGCGAGAACAUGAGUGAUCCAGAACCCUGCAGAAUUAAACCUGAAGAUACUGAACAACAAAUAGACCUAAUUGAAGAAAAUGUGGCGAGUAAAGAGGAAGAACAUCAUGUCAAAGUUGAGGAAAAAUAUCUUAAGAUUCACAUGAGUAUGAUUCACACUGGAGAAAAAUCAUUGACAUGUACUCAGUGUGGGAAGAGCUUCAGCCAAUUAUCAAACCUUAAUAAACACAUGAAGAUCCACACUGGAGAGAAACCAUUCACAUGCACUCAGUGUGGGAAGAGUUUCAGCCAAUCAUCAUCUCUCAAUCUGCACAUGAUGAUCCACACUGGAGAGAAACCAUUCAGAUGCACUCAGUGUGGCAAGAGCUUCAUCCAAUCAUCGUCCCUUAAUCUACAUAUGAGAAUCCACACUGGAGAGAAACCAUUUAGAUGCACUCAGUGCGGGAAGAGUUUCAGCCAAUCAUCAUCCCUUAAUCUACACAUGAGGAUUCACACUGGAAAGAAACCAUUCACAUGUACUCAGUGUGGGAAGAGCUUCAACCAAUCAUCAAACCUUAAUCAACACAUGAAGAUUCACACUGGAGAAAAACCAUUCACGUGCAUUCAGUGUGGAAAGAGUUUCAGCCAAUCAUCAAACCUUAAUCACCACAUGAGGAUCCACACUGGAGAGAAACCAUUCACAUGUACUCGGUGUGGGAAGGGUUUCAGCCAGUCAUCAUCCCUUAAUCUACACAUGAGGAUCCACACUGGAGAGAAACCAUUCAGAUGCACUCAGUGUGGGAAGAGUUUCGGUCGAUCAUCACAGCAUGAUAUACACAUGAAGAGCCACACUGGUGUGAGAGAGUAUGUUUGCUUUGAGUGUGAGAAAACCUUUAUUACAUCUGGAGAGUUGAAACUGCACCAGAGGAAUCACGCUGGGGAGAAACCGUACAAGUGUUCACACUGCGACAAGAGGUUUAAUCAGUCAGAACAUCUGAAAAGACAUGAGAGGACUCACACUGGAGAGAAACCGUACAUGUGUUCACACUGCAACAAGAGAUUCAGUCAGUUACCGCAUCUGAAAACACAUGAGAGGAUUCACACUGGAGAGAAACCGUACAGAUGUGAUCAGUGUCUACAGAGUUUCGCUCAUUUGGUGCAGCUUAAGAAACACAUGGACCAAAAGCUGCACACAUGACAUGAAUACAGCAUAACAUUUUUUUUUAUAUGCAAAGGAGCUUUUGGUUUGGUGUGCACCCCCCUUUGAGUCCUUAAAAUCUCUCUGCGAGUGAUCCUACAGAUGCGGAUACAUCUGUACAGCUCUGCUGCUUCACUGUCCAGUGUGUUCAUGUGGCUAGUGUUGUUGUUUUGGAUGAUGUUCUCUGUCUGACCCACUCAAUGAGAAACAACUGGAAGAGAGAGAUCAUCAUCUACAGCUUAACCUCGCGAAAACGGAAAUGCUUGAAGUUUCUGCCAACUCGACUCUACACCAAAACUUUUCAAUCCAGAUGGACGGGGCAACCAUUA